AUGGCCUCCUUCUCCGGCGGCGGCGGCGGUGGCGCUCGUCGCAGGGUGAGCUUUGAGAGCGAUUUAGAGCGGCUGCUGCUCCGAGAAGAGGAAGAAGAAGAAGAAGAAAGAGAGAGAAAAGGAGGAGCGAUACUUCCAGAGGAAGAAGAAGAAGAGGAAGAAGAAGAAGAAGAAGAAGAAGAAGAAGAAGAAGAGAGAGAAACAACUGCCCCGUUGCCAUCUUCGCCGCCGCUCAUUAAAGGGCAAUAUCGUCGACUGAUUCCAAGAAAAGCAUCACUAUUUCUCGGCGUAUCGCACGCCGUUCAGAGACGAGAGGAAGAGCAAGAGGAGGAAGAACAAGAGGAAGAAGAAGAAGAAGAAGAAGAACGACGACGACGAGGACAACAACAACAAAGAAGAGAAAUGUGGGAAAGUUUAGAUUACGCGAAGAUUGACUCCAAGUGGUCUCGAUUAAACUUUAAACAGACUAAAACUGGUGUACUUACUCUAGAGCGAUGGUCAAACUCGACAUUUAUUGGGAUCAUCGUAGGAUCUGUGGCAUUCGCGAUGAUGAGGUUGAUCGAUAUUUUGUACACAUGGCGCGUCGAUACAGUUCUUACGAAUGCAGCGUUUUCUUUCGUUGUUCGCGUCGUUUUCUUUUGUUUCGUGAGCGCAUUGUUCUCUUUCACGAGCGCUUCAUUAACUUUGAUUGAACCAACGGCAGCUGGAGCGGGUGUUUCGUACGUCGUCGCCGAGCUUAAUGGCGUCUCUUCUCCGAAAGCCAUAUCUUUGAAAAGUGGGAUUGUCAAGAUGAUCGGGACAAUAUUUUCGGUAUCGAGCGGCCUAGCGGUAGGCCCGGAAGGUCCGCUCGUACACAUCGGUGCAAUUAUCGGCUCUGAUUUUGCCCGUGGUGCCUCUGGAAGACAUCAGUGGAGAGUUAUGGGAGACUCAGACUUUCGAGACAUUGUGAGCGCCGGUGCGGCCGCAGGGCUCGCCAGCGCCUUCGGUUCUCCGAUCGGCGGAGUAUUGUUUUCGAGCGAAGAAGCGAGCUCUUUUUGGUCUCACGAUACGACCAAAAGAGCCCUCCUGUGCUCGACGUUAGCCGUGUUUGUCUUAGCGGCUCUGAAUGGAUCGAUUGGGAAACCGUUCGGACUACUUCAACUCGAUUUUGCCGAGGAGGAGAAGCACUGGGAGCUCUUUGAGCUCGGACCUUUCCUCCUCCUCGGGAUCUUAUCAGGAAUACUAGGUGCGAUGGUCACCUUGGCAGUUUCUAAACUCGCGCGUUAUCGUCUCAGUUCUAAGUUUGGGCGCGUUAGCGAAGCGACAGCAGUUACGUUCAUGAUCUGCUUGACGCAAAUACUUCUAUCGAUAUUACUCGGUCGAUGUGUUCAAUACGACGACGAAGACGACGAUCCCGCGAACACUCGCAAAACGUUUCCCAGGUCCAUCAGAGUCGCGAUGAGAUGUGGCGUUGGUAAUCAAGAAAAAUCAUACAAUGAUUUGGCCAGUCUAUUACUCGGGUCACGGGACGACAAUUUAAAAUACUUGCUUUCAGGAAGAGCAAAGGACGCUACGUCUAUUUUGAUCUUAAGUUACUCAUUCCUUUUUCAGCUCUUUGCUAUCGUCUUCUCAGCAGAGUGCGCCUUACCGGCUGGAUUGUUCUUACCAACUCUUACAUGGGGCGCGAUGUUAGGGAACAUCUUUUCCAAGGUAUCGGAGAUACUUUUUAAAACAAAGCUCUCCGGGGGAGCGUACGCGCUCGUUGGCGCCGCCGCGGCUUUGGCAGGAGUGUUUCGAGGCUCGAUAUCGCUCGUGGUCAUUAUCUUAGAAGGGACGGGCCAAUUAAAUUUUCUGCUCCCGUUACUUCUUUGCGUGUUCGUGGCCAAUAAGUUUGCUUCCUUUAUCUCACCGUCGUUCUAUGAAAGUCAGCUGGAAAGAAGAAAUAUUCCGUAUCUGCACGUAGAGGCACCGAAAGGAGCGUGCGUAAGUGAAACUGAGGAAACAUUAACGGCCGGAGAUAUUUGUGCUGCUCCCGCCGUAACUUUCCAAGAAAUUGAAAGCGUGGGUAAUAUCGAAGAAAUUUUGAAGACGACGACUCAUAACGGCUUCCCCAUCGUUAAAAAUGUUGGGUACGGUGAAAAGCGUUUAAUUGGUCUUAUGCUUAGAUCGCAAUUGCUGACGUUACUCUCGCGGCGCGCCUUUAUUGAAAACAUAAUCUUUUACGAACAAGAGGGCGACCAAGACCAAGAAAGUGCGAUGUCGUCGUCGCCGCUGCGCCCAGGUUCGUCAAAGUCGCAUCUUCUUGAUGUCUCUACUUCCAGCGAGCUUCCGUCAGAAUUAAGAUUCAGAUCCUUGCAGCAACGCGAAGCGUUUGAGAACCUGGAAAUCGCCAUGCGGACAUUUCAUCAAAGAAAAUUGUUCACCGAGCGCUUCGCGCUUGGCGUAAAAUAUAUCGAAUCCAUCGGCUUAUCUGAAAAUGAAAAGAAGUCGCACGUCAUUUUGAGCGAUUUCAUGAUGUUGUCGCCAAUAAGCGUGACAGAGCAAAAGAGCGUGGAGCGAGUUUGGGAGAUAUUCCGCCAAUUGGGCUUGCGUCACUUGUGCGUAGUCGAUUCCAAGAAUAUCAUCAAAGGCAUAAUUACGAGGGAGGAUCUUUACAAACUUCAACACUGA